AUGUCGGCAGAUAAGGAGAAAUCCAAGGUUCAUAAAUUGUUCUUGAAAGGAUCAUCGAAACUGGUUGCUGAAUUUUUUGAAUAUUCCAUCAACUCAAUUCUCUAUCAACGAGGUGUCUACCCAGCAGAAGACUUCUCUCCUGUCAAGAAAUAUGGCCUCAACAUGCUCGUCUCCUCCGACGACCAAGUCAGAGCAUACAUCAAGAAGAUCAUGUCACAAUUAAACAAAUGGAUGAUAGGCGGCAAAAUCUCAAAACUCGUCGUGGUUAUCACAAGCAAAGAGACCGGCGAACACGUGGAGCGAUGGCAAUUCGACGUCCAGAUCUUCAAACAAGCGGCCGCAGCUGGACGCAAGAAGUCAAGUACUGCCGACAAAGAGAACUCUGCCACCGCCGCAGUAGAUAGAGAAAACGCAGCAGCAGCAGAAGAACCGACGCCAGAAAAGACUGAAACUCAGAUCCAACAAGAAAUUCAAGCUAUAUUCCGUCAAAUCACGGCUUCGGUGACAUUCCUACCUGUCCUCGAUGGGAAUUGUACUUUCAACGUUCUUGUCUAUGCAGAUGCCGACUCGGAUGUGCCCGUGGAAUGGGGUGACAGUGACGCAAAGGAAAUUACGAAUGGGGAGAAGGUGCAGUUGAGGAGUUUUAGUACGAAUAACCAUCGGGUGGAUACCUUGGUGAGUUAUCGGCUUGCUGAUUAG